AUGGACGCAGCACUCAUGGUUCCCCUCUCUCUGACUGGACUGGCUUUUGUCCUACUCUCCCUCCCUGAGCAUGCUUCAUUGAACAGAGUAUUUGACAACACAUCAGGGACUGUGUAUCCAGGGUCUGUAUUUGUGAAGGAGGCUCUUCGGAGGGCAGUUGAGCUUACUGAUGCUGCUUAUGCCCACACAAAUGAAAGAGAUAAGAAGUCUCUCUCUGAAGGUGCUCUGAGACCCAGUGACCUGCUGGCUCAGUUUAAACAAAGCGGAGCCAGAACCAGGACUCAAAUCCAGGCUGCAGAACUGCUGGACAACACAGUGGAGCUGAUCAGAGAGAUGGUCUACACUCACAGUAUGGUGCAGCCCAACCCUCACGAGCUUCUGAGUGAAGGGGAUGUGGAGAAUCUGCUGCAGGUGACGGGCUGCUCUGCUGAGCUGCAGAAACCCAGCUGUCAAAGUGACUGUCUGUCUCACCGCUACAGAUCCAUCACAGGAGAGUGCAACAACAGACAGCAUCCCAGAUGGGGGGCUGCAAACAUCCCAUAUUCCCGCUGGUUGCCUCCAGAGUACGAGGAUGUGUGGGGGGCUCCUAGGGGCUGGGACCUGGAGCACACCUACCACAACAUCAGCCUGCCUCCUGUGCGGCUGGUGUCUCAGGAGGUGCUGUUCACUCACAAUGAUGACAUCUCUCUGGACUCCGGUCUGUCCCACCUGCUGGUGGAGUGGGGUCAGUGGAUAGACCAUGACAUGGUGCUGACACCUCAGAGCCCCAGUACAGCCGCCUUUAGGACCGGAGCUGACUGCACACACACCUGCAGCAAGGACACACCUUGCUUCCCCAUACAGAUCCCUCUGUCAGAUCCUCGUAGUGAUGCCCAAAGAUGUAUGCCUUUCUUCCGCUCUGCUCCAAGCUGUGGUGCUGGAAUCCUCCCUCAUCGCCACCGGGAGCAGCUGAAUGCCAUUACCUCCUUUGUAGAUGCUAGUAUGGUGUAUGGCAGCUCCACCAGUCUGGCAUCAGCUCUGAGAAAUCACUCCUCUCCUCUGGGCUCAAUGGCCCUCAACUCCCAGCACUCAGACCACGAGCUGGCCUACAUGCCCUUCCUGCCUCGCCAGCAGACUCACCUGGACCCCUGCGGCCCUCGUAACUCCACAUCAGGGGCAUCAGACAGAACCACACGCCAGGAGAACACUACAUCUUGCUUUCAAGCUGGUGAUUCAAGAGCCAAUGAACAUUUUGUUUUUUCACUCUUUCUGAGAGAGCACAACCGGCUAGUCAAAGAGCUGCACCUGCUCAACCCUCACUGGGGCCCUGACACCCUCUAUCAGGAGGCCCGCAAGAUCAUGGGCGCCAUUCACCAGAUCCUAACGUGGGAGCACUACCUGCCAAGAGUCCUCGGUGAACAUGCCAUGUCCCUUCUGAUGCCUCCCUAUAAGGGCUAUGAUCCUGAGGUGGAUCCCAGCAUUGCUAACGCCUUUGCAACUGCUGCCUUUCGUUUUGCUCACGUCACUGUGCAGCCAGUGGUGGCCAGGCUGGGGCCAGGAUACACCACUAACUCCCAGCAUCCCCUGCUGCCUCUGCAUCAUUCACUGUUUGCCUCUUGGAGAGUUGUGCAGGAAGGUGGCAUAGACCCUGUGCUGCGUGGUAUGUUGUUGUCUCCGGCCAAGCUUCAGACUCCAGGUCAGAUGAUGGUGGAGGAGCUGAUAGAGAGGCUGUUUCAGGCACAGGGAGGGAUGCCUCUGGACCUCGGGGCCCUCAACCUCCAGAGGGGCCGGGACCACGGCCUGCCAGGGUACAGCUUGUGGCGAAGGUUCUGUGGCCUUUCUGUUCCCAACUCUACAUCAGAGCUGGCUGAAAUCUUGGGUAACUUCACACUGGCUCGCAAAUUCCAGCUUCUUUAUGGGACACCACACAACAUUGAUUUGUGGGUGGGGGCCAUCUCUGAGCCUGCUUUGCCUGGAGGCCGAGUCGGACUGCUCCUCUCGUGCCUGAUAGCUAAACAGUUCAAAUCCCUGAGAGAUGGAGACAGGUUUUGGUGGGAGAGGGAAGGGGUGUUCACCAGCACCCAGAGGAGACACCUCCAAGCUGUCUCUCUGUCCCGCAUCAUUUGUGACAACAGCCACAUCACCCUUGUACCCGCUGACCCGUUUUCACGCACUGAGAGGCCUGAAGACAUGCUAGCGUGUUCCCACCCACUCAUCCCCCACCUCGACCUCAGCCCCUGGAAAGAACCAGACACAGAUCCCAUCUGUGGUCCGAUACCCAGGAUUCAAUUUGGCUACUCCCUGCUCUGUGACUCUGUGAUUCUGUAUCAGUGUCACUCUGGAUUCAAGCUGCUGGGGCCUUCAUCUGUCAGCUGUGAUCCAAACAGCCAGCAGUGGAGCCCUGCACCUCCAACAUGUCAAGAUAUUAAUGAAUGUGAAGAACAGAGUUCUCCUUGUCCACAAAACCUGGAGUGCCUCAACAGACCAGGUUCCUUUAUUUGCUCAGAGUCGUCCUCACUGUCCACGGUGUCCAUCGUUGCUGCAGUGAUAGUAGUGAUCAGUGGCAUCACUGUGCUGGUGAUGAUCAUGGUCUGUUAUCAAAGAUAUUUCUUUAAGAAAGAAGAGUUGGUCAUAGCCAGAUGUUGCCAAAAGAAAAGUUAAACCAACAUUUG